UAUAACGUAAUUUAAUAUUUAUAAGAUUUUUUUAUCAAAUUACUCGGGUCAUUUCCCACCUAGAUUCCCUCGGUAACUAUCACUAACUAUAACAAAUAUUAUAAUUAGAUGAUAAUUAGAUGUAUAAAAGAGGAUUCAUUUAGUAGCAAAGAAGAAGCAAAGGCUUUAUUUUCAGAGGCUAACACCCAAAAUCAUUCAAGGCAGCAACCUCGAAGCUAGUUCAAACUAGUGGGGGGUUUGUUGUUACGAUUUUCACUAAUUUCACUCACAAAUUCAAAUUCGAAAUAUUAGUUUUUUUUUAUUAUCUCAAAUUCGAGAUUAUUUUAAAAGAUUGAAUUAGUCGAUCGAGCUAAUAAUUAAUCGAUCAGUGAAUUAAUCAAUCAAUCAUCGAAAUUGUCGAGAUGGCACGAGGAAAGGUGCAGCUGAAGAGGAUUGAGAACCCGGUGCACAGGCAAGUAACGUUUUGUAAGAGACGUGCAGGGUUGCUUAAGAAGGCUAAGGAGCUAUCUGUGCUUUGUGAUGCUGAGAUUGGUGUUUUUAUUUUCUCUCCUCAAGGCAAGCUCUAUGAACUUGCAACUAAAGGAACCAUGCAAGGUUUAAUUGACAGGUACAUGAAGUGCACAAGGAGUUUUCACCAGGCUGAAUCUGAUCAAAUGGCCAUUGAAAAGCGUAUACUGGAAUCCAAGGAUGAAGUCAACAUGAUGAUGCAAGAAAUCAAGUUAUUAGGAGAAGGACUCAGGUCCAUAUUUGGAGGAGAAGGUGCAAUGACAUUGGAUGAAUUGCAUGCAAUGGAGAAGCAUCUGGAGUCUUGGAUUUACCAGAUUCGCACUACUAAGAUGAAUAUAAUGUUCCAGGAGAUCCAAGUUUUGAAGACCAAGGAGGGUGUCCUUAGAGCUGAAAACAAGCAUCUUCAACAAAAGAUUGACGAACAUUAUGGAAGUUUUAACAUUGAACCACUAACAACUAACAUUCCAUACCCACUAACAAUACCAAGUGAAAUAUAUCAAUACUAACAUAAGUAUUGAUGUGCUUACAACAUAUUAUAAUUAGCUAUAAAUAAAAAUAAAAUUGAGAAAUAUUUCACUCAAUAUUGUAUGGAUUUUAAUUAUGUGUGCUUAUUAAUUAAUUCCGCUACGUAAUUUUAUAUCGUGUUUUGCUUUGUAGUUGCUUGUACAAUUUUAAAGAUAAUAUAUAUUUUUUU